AUGCAGAUUUCCCGUUGUGGCAUUCAUGGGUUCCAUGAAGUGCUCGGAAUCGACACAGACGAACUGCGAUUCCACUGGACAAUUGAGACAGAAGAUCAGGAUGCAGCUCAACUCGCAUAUCGCAUUGUGGUAGCAACCGACGAAGAGCUUUCAAACAUCAUUUGGGACUCCCAGCGCGUUGAAAGCAAUGCGCAACGAAACGUUCUCUGUAAGCCCGAGAAUGGCUUCCAAUCCAUCACCAACCACUUCUGGAGAGUCACAGUGUGGGACCAGAGUGACGCUGCCCACCAGAGCGCCGUGAACCAUUUCUUCACAGCCUAUCCACGAUCCCACCUCCUGCCACCCUACAGCAUGAACCAGACCUACAUGCCGCAUACGAGUCUGAUUUUUAAAUCCUGGUUCGAAGAUGCUGCAAACCGCUGGAAAGCAGUUUGGAUCGGUGACGGAGGCGACAAGCCGAUCUAUCUCCGGAAAUCUUUCCAACUUGCCCGCAAGCCCGAACGCGCAAUUCUCUUCGCCUCCGGGCUCGGUCACUUCAAUAUGUCUGUUAACGGCCAGCCUGCGUCCGAUCACCGCCUUGAUCCUGGUUGGACAAAUUAUCACCGUCGUGUUCAAUUUACCUCCUACGAUGUGACGGGGCAUUUGGGUGCAGGAGACAAUGCGCUGGGCGUUCAUCUGGGCAAUGGAUUCUACGCUGGUGAGAAGGGCGGAGAAGGCCGGUUCUUCUGGCCCAUGUAUGAAGACAAUACGUACGUGCGCUACGGAAAUGAGCUAUGCUUCUUUGGAGAACUGCAUCUCUUCUACGGGGAUGGUGAACGCGAGGUUUUGAUCUCCGAUGCUUCUUGGAAGACCAGAAAGAGUGCCACGACACUAGCAAAUAUCUACGCCUCAGAAGACCACGAUCGGCGUCUGUAUCCUGCUGGCUGGGAUUGUGCUACUUUCGACGACUCUGACUGGGCGCCUAUCAAGCCUCUGACUGGACCCAGGGGGCAUAUCUUUUAUCAGAGUCAACCUCCUGUUGUGCUGCACGAAACUUUCGAGCCCGUAAAGGUGCACAGUCCCAAGAAGGGCGUUGUGUGCUAUGACUUGGGUCAAAACUCUUCGAUUUCAGUUGAACUUGCAGUUCAGGGAGUGGCUGGCUCGGAAAUCGUUGUUCGAUACUCCGAGACUGUCAAUGAUGAUGGCACAGUCUUGAUGCCAGACCCUCUAUUCAAGGAAUUUGAAACGGGUGUCUUCUCAAAAAUUACAUUGGCUGGUACUGGUCAGGCCGAGAUCUGGGAGCCUGACUUCAGUUUCACAAGCGCAAGAUACAUUCAGGUCGAAGGCGUCUCACUGAACCCUGAUGAUGAAUUGCCUGUCAUUCAUUCCGUUGUUGGCCGUCACAUUUCAUCAGCGGCGAGAAAGCUUGGAACAAUGACGACUGACAAAGAAGAUGUCAAUCAGUUGUUGAACGCACUUUACUGGACCUUCAGCAGCAAUCUGUUCAGUUAUCACACAGACUGCCCGCAAAUCGAGAAGUUUGGCUGGCUGGAAGUCACCCACUUGCUCGCUCCCGCUACUCAAUACAUUCGGGACAUGGAAUCCCUAUACACAAAGAUCCUAGAUGAUAUCCUUGACAGCCAAGAGCCCAGUGGUCUCGUGCCUACAAUGGCCCCCGAGAUUCGCUACAUGUGCGGCCCUCUGCAUGACACCAUUACCUGGGGAUGCGCUUUGUGUCUCCUGCCAGAUAUCCUUCGCCAGUACUACGGCUCUACGCAUGUCAUCAAAAAGGUCUACCCAGCUGCUGUGCGCUAUAUGGAAUACAUACAGACAAAGGAACGGAAGGGCGGCCUCAUCGAGCAUGGUCUUGGUGACUGGGGUCGAGGUAUCGCCUUCGGAAACAACCAAGCGAACAUCGAAACAGCAAUUUACUACCGCUGUCUCCAGUGCGUGGAGAUGAUGGCCCAACAGCUGGGCAAGCUCGAAGACGCCCAGCGAUUCAAGACCUGGUCUGCCCGCAUCUACGAGACCUACAACCAGCACCUCCUAGUCACAGACGACACCACCCGUCCAUAUGCCUACUACACGUCCCUCGACAACUAUCCAGCACGAGACUGCGAUGCGAUUGCGCAGUCAAUGGCCCUGCAAUUUGGACUCGUACCUGAAGCACACAAGAAAGAUAUCAUGACUGCGUUCCUGGAAGAUGUAGCAGACGGCAAAAUACGUGCGGGAGAAAUUGGUCUCCGCUUCCUAUUCAACACCCUUGCCGACGCAAACCGCCCCGAUCUCGUCUUGAAGAUGGCAAGACAGGAGGAGCACCCUUCUUAUAUGCGGUUCCUACGGCGUGGCGAGACCACGCUCUUGGAGUUCUGGCAAGACGCAUGUCGGAGCAAAUGCCAUGACAUGUUGGGUACAAUCUAUGAGUGGUUCUAUGCUGCGGUCCUUGGAUUGAAACCCGUGCAGGAAGCAUACCGGACAUUCUCGGUUGAGCCACCUUAUGCAUCUGAGUUUGACUUUGUGAAGGGCUCCGUGGACUGUCCAUAUGGAUUGAUUGAGAUUGAGUUCAAGCGUGAGGGCAGCUCUGUGAAUUUGCAGCUGAGAGUUCCCUUUGGAACGAAGGCAACUGUCAAGCUUCCUGGUGAUAUGAAGAAGGCCUUAUGCCAUGGGAAGGUAGAAGAGUCUGUGACCGGAGACGAGUUGGUGUUGAGUCAUGGUUUGUAUACUGUAUCUAUUGAGCUAUAG